AUGGCUUACAAAUUGAUUAGAUAGUCACAAUUAAAUAGUUUUUUCAAAUACAAAGUGUUGAUUAAGGUGCUAAUAGACAAAUAUAACUUAGAAAAUGGCUUGUAUUACCUCUAAACAGAUUAAGUUUUUAUAUCAAACUCUUAAUUCAUCAAUAAUACUUAUUCAAUUAUAUCUGAAAACUAAGCAACUUUGUUAAUUUCAUCAAGCUAUGUUUAAUUUUCUUAUAUCUCUUCUAAAAACAACUCUGCAAAUAUAUAGAUAAUAAAGUCUUAGUAUGUUAAUAUUGAUAAUGGUAAUUUUUUUAACAAUACAAGUGUAAAUGGAGGUGCAAUAUAUUUCUAUCUAAUUAGCCAAGCAGUUAUUAUCAAAUUGAGCUAUUUUAUAAAAAACUAAGCUGAAGCUAGUGGUGGUGGAUUGUAUUUUCUUCAAGAAUAAGGAAAUAUUACAAUAGAUAGUUCUAAUUUAAUUAGCCAAAACGUUGCUUGCAUAGGAGGUGGAAUAAGACUUUAUUCUUCAAAUGUAAGCAAUAUCUAAUAAAUGAUAGAUAAAGUAAUAUUUUUAAAAAACAAUGCUUAUAUCUAUGGAAAUAACUUUGCCACUUUUGCUUAAGGGAUUACAGUUUCUAGCCCAGCUUUGAAAAGUGAAUACUAAAGAUUUUAAGAUUUGAGUAAUUAACUAUAAAAUUCUUAUUCAGGUUAAUUAAAUGUUGACAAUUUUAAAAGUGGCGAUACAGGAGUAUUUGAAGUUGCUUUUUAUGAUUAAGAUGAUAGAUAAAUUACUUUUGAUGCAUAAAAAGUAAAUUAAAAAAUAUAUCAUUAAAGUAUAGUAGAGGAGAUUAAAAGCUUUUCCAUUUAAUUUGUAAGCAAUAAUCUAACUUACAUCACAAUUAACGGAGAAAAUUUUGUAAAUUAUAAUAAAUUCAACUCAACAACGAAUACAUUUUAUUUAGAUAACUUUAACAUUCUCUCUGUUCCAAUGUCAACCUAAUUUUUAUAAAUAAAUUAUUAAAUAAAACCAUCUUUAGUAAAUGAAGUUCUAUAACCUAAUCCACUUCCAAUUUUAGCAUAAAUUUAUUUUAGAAAUUGUGAAAUAGGAGAAAUUAUUAAGUCUUUUACUGAAAUCAUAUCAACAUGCUCUUAUUGCUCAAAAGGUACUUACUCAUUAUAAGAACCACAAUCUAAAGAUUUGUAGUGCUUAAAAUGCCCAGAUUCUGCCAUAGACUGUGAAGGUAAUAGCAUAACUAUAAAGAAUGGUUAUUGGAGAGAAAAUAAAUAAACUGAUCAAAUAAUUUAUUGUAUAAAUAAUCCAGAUUUAUGUAGAGAAGAUCCUAAAAUUUCUUAAGAGUGCAUAGAAGGUUAUGUUGGUCCUCUAUGUGAAACGUGUGAUAAUCUAGGUCAAGUUUGGAUUGGAAAAAGAUAUACAAAAAUAUUUGAUAAGCAAUAUUAAUGCAGCGAAUGUAGUCAGGUGAAGGUUUAUAAUAAAAUUAAAACUACUUCCCAUAUCAAACAGUGA